AUGCGCGAGUCAAGUGGGAUGCGGCCAAGGACGGUUGAGACUCGGGGUAUUCUGUCUCCGAACGGAUACCAUGACUGGAACAUGUUGUCGUUCGAUGCGCAGCAUCAAGUUCUCAGCAGUAAACCAAACUGUCCCACGACUCUCGAAAUUUCAACGCAAUACCAAACAUAUGUGCACCCAGGGUUUGACAAGCAUAACCAACACUUUCCGGUUGCUGCAUGGGGUCUUUCUGCCGGGGGUCAGUCGAGAGAUGCGCUCGUUGAGGACGAUGUAUGGCAUCCAUUGCCCGAUGGCUGUUCACCGGUGGUGGUGAAUAGACCAGAAACGGCAUCGCUUUCGCAUGUCGAUAUGUGCUUUUUGAAUGAGCGACCAUUGUAUACCGAGAAUGCCUUUUUGGCCCCUGAGCCCUUUUGUCUACCAGAUUCGGAUAAGGGGGUGUGGGCAGAGAGCGAGCGAUACGUGGCUAAGCGCUUGAAAAGUGGCGGGUGGCUUUCGGAGAAAUCCCGGCCAGACCACGCGGUCUGUAUGGGAUAUGACCCAUUAUUGUUAGAGAAGACGUCGUCUGCUAUACUCCAAACAGAAGCGGGACAGGAAUGGCUUCAGUCAGUGGGGUCGCAUAGCCGAGUAGAUUACCAACCAGAGCACUUCGCCGCAGAAAGGAGUGACGAUGGGACUCAGGAUUACGAACAAUACUCCGCUCAGUGUAGAUACUAUCCAUCCAUGCCCUGGACUACGGACGAGUGGAGAUGCAAUACCAGCGAACAUUUCAACAGCGGUUCAUUCUUGUCGGCAUCAUGUCCGGACUCCAUCCAACGGUGGCUGCUGACGGGGCCUGUUCAAUGGAGCCCAGACAACGUUCGUCUCACCGGGGCACUGUUACCAAUGGGAAGCAACCAAGGGACUCCCUACGCCAGCACAAUACAGGAUGGAUCCCUGGCCUGUCGAAAGUCAAAAAGCAUCUCUAGCGAGGAUAAUGCUCGAAAGGGGGCUAAAAAGCACAAAGCCUCUCAACGUGGCAGAGCCAGGGAUGAAUUUUUAGUGAGAUGCAAGCAAUCCGGGAUGUCGUACAAGGAGAUAAAAACCAAGGGCCAAUUUCCCGAGGCCGAGUCUACUUUGCGCGGCCGCUAUCGGACACUGACGAAGCAGAAGGAGCACCGCGUUAGAAAGCCAGAGUGGGAGAGAAAUGAUGUAAGUAUUGUGCCACUUUCGGUGUUCUACGAAGGCGACUAA